UAUCUGUCUAUCUAUAUCGAAGGAAGGCAUAAAAUAGAAGUGGCGGUGCCCUGUCCUCUUCUGUCUCGAGAAGUCAUCAUCCUCUUCCAUUAUUUUUUCCUUUUCUGCUCGAGAGAGAACCGAACCAACCAACAUGUCGGACGAGGAGCACCACUUUGAAUCAAAGGCUGAUGCAGGAGCCUCCAAGACUUACCCUCAGCAAGCUGGUACUAUCCGCAAGAAUGGCUAUAUAGUCAUCAAGAACCGUCCUUGCAAGGUUGUUGAGGUUUCCACCUCAAAGACAGGCAAGCAUGGACAUGCUAAGUGCCACUUUGUGGGGAUUGAUAUAUUUAAUGGGAAAAAGCUUGAAGAUAUUGUUCCUUCAUCUCACAACUGUGAUGUUCCCCAUGUUAAUCGUACUGAUUAUCAGCUGAUUGAUAUCUCUGAAGAUGGCUUUGUGAGUCUUUUGACUGAAAAUGGAAAUACCAAGGAUGAUCUGAGGCUUCCCACUGAUGAUAGUCUGCUUACUCCGAUUAAAGAUGGGUUUGGUGAAGGAAAGGACCUUGUGGUGACUGUCAUGUCUGCCAUGGGAGAGGAGCAGAUCUGUGCCCUCAAGGACAUUGGUCCAAAAAAUUGAAUAUGAUGCUGUAGCAGCAGCUAUAGCUGAUGGCAAAGCGAGUUUUAUGUUGCUAACAAGGAUUUUUAUCCACUAUGCGUUGUGUACAACAAACUUAUAAGACAGUAUUUUAGACAUGUCAUUAAAACUCGCAAGGCAUGUCAUGGAGGUGGAAGAGGACACAGGAGAUGCUUAUUCCCUGAUGAAGGGAACUAGGUUUUCAGCAGGAUGGAAUUUAUAUAUAUAUAUCUACUUCACAUUUGUCUGUGCUACUUAAAGAUAAAUAAAGGUUUGUGCGCAACCCUUUUCCUUUCA